AUGGACGAUCAGUCGGCGGCGCGGAUCGCGAAGUCUCGCGGAAAGAACGACCCCUUUGCAAAGCGAGCAGACAUGGCCGCCCGAAACAAUAAGGAGCAGAAAGGCGAGGGCUCGGAUAGUGCUGGACAAAAGGGGGACUCGAGCCAGAAGAAAGACGAUGUCCAGCAGGAGAAGUAA